AUGACAACAGGCGAAGAUACUACAAUACCAGAAGGGAUUUAUUCUCCCGUACCUACUUUUUAUAAAAAUGAUGCAAAUUAUUCAUUAGAUAUUGAGACACAAAUAAAACAUGCAAAGAUGUUAUAUUCUAAUGGAAUAAAUGGAUUAGUAGUCGCAGGAUCAAUGGGAGAAGCUAGUCAUUUAACUAGAGAUGAGAGAAGCAUCCUCUUUAAAAGCAUUCGAGAAGCCAUACCUGAUACCAACUUCAAAAUCAUUGGUGGGGUUCCACCUUUAAAUAUUCAAGACACAGUUGCUGAUAUUGAGGCUGCAUCGAAUUCGCGUGCCGAUUAUUCUAUAGUGCUAGUGCCCGGGUAUUUUGGACCAUCAUUGACGAGUCAGCAAGGCAUUAUUGAUUAUUUCGUUGCUGUAGCAGAUAAACUGCCUUUACCAAUUAUCAUUUAUAAUUAUCCAGGCGUAAGCAAUAAUGUGGAUAUUAAAACGGAAACAUUCGAGAAGUUACUGCUCCAUCCUAAAAUAGUUGGAGUAAAGUUGACCCAUUUCAAUUUGGAUAAAUACACUUUAUUGACAGGCAAUACAAAAUUGAAUAAGAUCAAUAAUUUCCGGUCUUUUACUGGUUUAGGACAGGUUCUCGUUCCGUCUUUGAGUAUCGGGGCGUUUGGGGCCAUUGACGGGUUAUCAGGUAUUUUUCCAAAAUGUAUGUUGAGAAUCUUCAGUUUAUACAAAGACAAGCAAUAUGAAAAGGCGGCUGAAUUACAGUACUUGGUUACAAAGGUAGACCAAAUGAUUAUGGACCUUAACUUAGUAGGGGUUAAACAUGCUUUGAAUGCUGUCUACGGAUUUGGAGAAGUGCUCACUGGAAGGCCUCCGUUGAAUGUCAAAAUAGAUAUCGAUGUUUGGAAGAAGCAUGAAAGUGCUUUUAAUGAUUUACUCAAUGUUGAAAGAGCUUUAUAA